GUUAACAAUGAAGUCGCCUGAGAAUGCCACCAAAAUUAUAGGAAGUGACCCUUGGGAUAGCAAAACAUUCUCCAGAAAUGGCAUUUUCUAGUUUUCAAUUGUUUUUGAAGACUUUAUUUCUCUAAUAGCUUGUUCAAUUGCAUUACAUGUUUCGGGACAGAACGGCAACAGUUGGGAAUUACGAGUUUGUAGCACGCUUCUUACUCAUAAAGUUAGCGGAGGCUAACGAGCUAGCAUAACCAAAGUUGACGAACUACGCUAAUUGGGUCAGAAAGUCGGUUUUAGGACGGUUCGGACGGGAGCAACACAGCAGAACGUGUCCGCUUUGUGACUUUUGGCGUGGAGUUAAAAGCUGGCUGGUCCACCAAGCUCGCUCGUUUGCGGCUGCCGAAGCAACAAGUUGUUGUCACUGGCAAAGCGGAUGGAUCGUGGCGGGUCCACGACGAGACAGACGAUGGACGGUUUGAAUUCCAGACGCCGGUGUAACGCAUGCGCACCUUGCGGCAGCGGUCCGGUCGCGGCGUCUGACUAUCAUGGCGGCAACGUACGUGGAGAUCCUGAGGAGCGAGUUUCCUGACAUCGACUCCGAAUUGUACGACUAUAUCACAGGCGUGUUAGACGGCUGCGGGGCCGAGUUCGAGGAUGGCGAGGAGGUGUUCGAGGCCGUGGGCGGCGUCCUGCAGGAGGUGUCGGCCGACAGCAAAAACGAGGACGACGUCCGACACAUCUGCCUGCGGAUGUUCAACACGCUGAGACUGAGCCGCUGUCCGUCGUCCCAGCGUCAGGUGCUGCUGGACGCGCCGGUGCAGCUUUCCCAGAUGUCCGUGGAAGCCGCUUCAGCCAACGACGACGUCCAGGGGAUCUGGAUGAUGAAGCGCUCCCAGAAUACGAUGGUGGACGCCAAGAAGCUGGAAAAGGCCGAAGCCAAGCUGAAGGCCAAACACGAGCGACGCAACGAGAAGGACGCGCAGAAGACGUCCGGCCCGCUUGUCCUGGAGGAGGCGUCGGCCAGUCAGGCAAGCAGUAAAAAAGAAGGGCGCGCCGACCACAACCGCAGCUACGACAUCCGCAUCGAGAACUUUGACGUGUCUUUCGGAGAGAGAUGUCUUCUCCAGGGCGCCGAGCUGUCGCUGGCGUCGGGGCGGCGCUACGGUCUGAUCGGCCGCAACGGUUUGGGCAAGACCACGCUGCUUAAGAUGUUGGCCAGCCGCAGUCUACGCGUCCCGCCGCACAUCUCCAUCCUCCACGUGGAGCAGGAGGUGGCGGGCGACGACACCACGGCGCUGCAGAGCGUCCUGGAGAGCGACACGCUCAGGGAGGGGCUCCUCCGAGAAGAAGGACUCCUCAACGCCCGCGUCGCCAACGGAACAGCGGAAGGAGUGGAGAGCGUUCGCCUGUCGGAAAUUUACAGCAAACUGGAAGAGAUCGAGGCCGACAAGGCCCCCGCUCGAGCUUCUAUUAUCCUGGCCGGUCUUGGAUUUUCUCCCAAAAUGCAGCAGCAGCCCACCAAAGAGUUUUCCGGCGGUUGGAGGAUGAGGUUAGCGUUAGCCAGAGCGCUCUUCGCCCGGCCUGACUUGCUGCUACUCGACGAGCCCACUAACAUGUUGGACGUCAGCGCCAUCCUGUGGCUGGAGAACUACUUGCAGACGUGGCAGUCCACCAUCUUGGUGGUGUCGCACGACCGCAACUUCCUGAACGCGGUGGUGACGGACAUCGUGCACCUGCACUCGCACCGGUUGGACACUUACCGGGGCGACUACGAGAACUUUGUCAAAACCAAAGAAGAUCGACUCAAGAACCAACAGCGAGAGUACGACGCUCAGCUGCAGUACAGGCAACAUAUACAGGUGUUUAUCGACAGGUUUCGCUACAACGCCAACAGAGCUGCUCAAGUGCAGAGCAAACUCAAAGUGCUGGAAAAACUGCCUGAGCUCAAGCCCAUCGAGAAAGAAGCAGAGGUCACUUUAAGGUUUCCGGACAACUUUGAGAAGUUGUCUCCCCCCAUCUUGCAGCUGGACGAGGUGGAGUUCUAUUACACGCCGGAGCAGCGCCUCUUCUCCGGACUCAACCUGUCGGCCGACCUGGAGUCUCGCGUCUGCAUGGUGGGUCAGAAUGGCGCCGGCAAGAGUACGGUCCUCAAGCUCCUGAUGGGCGAGCUGACGCCCGUUAGCGGAGUUCGACAAGCGCACAGGAAUCUGAAGAUCGGCUACUUCAGCCAACAUCACGUGGACCAGCUGGACCUCAACGUUUGCUCGGUGGAGCUGCUGCUCAACAAGUUCCCCGGUCGGACGGAGGAGGAGUACCGCCACCAACUGGGGGGUUACGGCAUCACGGGGGAGCUGGCCACCAGGCCCGUGGCCAGCCUAUCGGGAGGCCAGAAGAGUCGCGUGGCCUUCGCCCAGAUGACCAUGGCCCGCCCCAACUUUUACAUCCUGGACGAGCCCACCAACCACCUGGACAUGGAGACCAUCGAGGCGCUGGCCAUCGCGCUCAACAAGUUCAAAGGCGGCGUGAUCCUGGUGUCCCACGACGAGCGUCUGAUCCGGCUGGUGUGCAAAGAGCUGUGGGUGUGCGAGGGCGGGCGAGUUUGGCGCAUGGACGGCGGCUUCGACCAGUACCGCGACGCCCUCCGCGAGCAGUUCAAGAAGGAGGGCUACCUGUGAGGAAGGACCGCCUGGCUGUAUUUAAUGUCAUUUUCGGGGGAUUUUUUUUUCCCGUUGAUUUUAGCGCGCAGAUGUUCUAUUUACUAACAAAAUAAAGCACGCACACCAUGUGA